UAAAACUCCGCCCAUGUCUAACUUGUCCUGUUUUAAAUUUCGUUAUUCAGCAAACAGCCGUUUUUUUUUGGCCCGUUUUUUGAAGGUCGAUUAACAGCUAGAAUUCGGGUAAAUACUUCACCGUUUUCUUCCAGGGCUGUAAACUGUUAUAUAGCCUGGUGGCUACUUAUUUAGCAGCUUAGCCGCCGGUAGCUGAGCUCGGCCAUGUGUUGUGUCCAUGUGUUUACAGUAGGAGGGAAGCUGCCCUCUGAGGCGGCCGACACGGUUUGGUAUUCUAGGAGGGAUGUUAUGUUGGCAUAAACACGGCUGUGAGUGAGGAGUGUGAACAGUGAGGCUGUGCGGCUGGUUGUGGUUGAGAAAAAGCUGGACUGGUCUCUUCCAGCGGUCAGUCAGUCAGUCAAGUGAGGAUGGCCACCCCAGGCUCCGGUGAUGCUGGACCACCCCGGACCACUCAGCCUGGAGGUGGGGGCAGGGGUGCGGUGCUCGGCCGCAGGCUGCCUGCUGCUAUUUCUCCCGGCCGCCUCCCCACCAUGCGCUCCAGAGACCUCACGCUAGGAGGAGUGAAGAAGAAAACAUUCACACCCAAUAUCAUCGGCCGUAAGAGUAAAGAAGAACUGAAAGCUGAUGAAGGACCCAGGAGAGAGAGGAAGGAUGCGGAUCGAGGGCGACAGAGAGAUGGGCGCGGCAGGGGGCGGGGCCGCCCAGAGGUCAUCCAGUCGCAUUCCAUCUUCGAGCAGGGCCCUGCGGAGAUGAUGGCCAAGAGGAGAGGUGUGUAUGAUGACAUGCGAGAAACUCCCAACAGCGGACCCUCCCCCAUCAUCAACAUUAAGAAGGAGAAGAGAGAGACGGAGGAGGAAACCAAAGAGAUUCUGCGCAAGCUGGAGAGAGACAAUUUUCUAGAUGACCCUCACUUGAGGAGCGAGGCACGGAGCUGUCCCGUCCAGCUUCCCCUGGCUGUGUCCGGCUGGAUCUUUAAGGAGGAGUUUGAGGAGGACACUAAGAUAGGCCUCAAAAUGGAGAGCAACUGUGGAGAAGCUGAACCAAUGAACACUGAAAGCUCUGGAACUGUUACAGUUAAACAAGAACCUCCUGAGGUACCUGAGGUAAAGAAGGCGGAGCCCAUGUUAAGGCCGCCGCCCAUACAUGAGCCCGAUUCGCUGCCUGACCUGCUUGAGGCCUGGAGUCAGUGUAAAGAGGAGGAGCUGCUCUUCAUGCAGCUUCCUGAUUCGCUACCAGGCCAGCCGCCCACAACUGACGUAAGACCAACCAAAACAGCUGUCCAGUCAGAGGAUGGUCAGUCCAUGCUGCAGAAAACUGAAGGCCAGCAGGAGGAGGCUGAAGAGGAGAACAGCUGCUGCCUGAAGGACCUGCAGGAGGGUUUGGUGGGCCGGAUGCUGGUGAGGAAAUCUGGCAGAGUGCAGCUCAUCCUGGGGAACAUCACGCUGGACGUGGCUUUAGGGACCCCCUGCUCUUUUCUUCAGGAGUUGGUGUCCGUUGGGACAGAAGGCAGAAGAGGGGAUCUGUCUGUGCUCGGCCACAUUAAACACAGACUGGUUUGUUCACCUGACUUCCAGGCUCUUCUGGAGAACAGAGCUUGAGGUGUGUGUGUGUGUGUGUGUGUGUGUGUGUGUGUGUGUGUGUGUGUGUGUGUGUGUGGAGAACAGUGUGUAUCUGAAUCUGUGUGACUCCUCCACUACAUUUUUUCAGAGAUGUAUUAUUUAUGAGCAGGAGAUGCAGGACUUGGGUUUGAAUGACAUUUAUUUAUGUACAUAAUUAAACUUAUUCGAGGAGACUAAUUGCUCUGAUGCUGUAGAUCCUGAAACAUGUUUAAAUAAGAUGGAAUGAUUAAAGUCGUAUUUAACAUUU